AUGAAAACAACACUUAUAUUAUCUUUGAUCGCGCUGGCUUCAAUUCAAGUUGUGAAGGCUGACAUCGAUUACUCACUUGCAUGGAAGUAUUAUUUGUGGAAUCAGGCCUUACAAGCAGCUAACCAGACAUUCUGCAGCCAGAUUAGCUGUUAUCCAAAUUGGCAAUGCUUGCAAAAGGAGUGCGGCUAUCAAGGACAAACAUGCGGUGUAUUCAUUGGCGAGUGCUGCUACAACUACGGGCUGGUAUGUCAGCCAUACUAUGCUGGAGAUUGGGAAGGCGUUUGUGUUCCUGGAGGACAACCCGUUGCUUAA